AUGGCUGACUGUGGUCCAUCGUGCGCUGUCCCAUCCUGUGCCUCCACCCCCACUGUUGGCUUUGGAUCAGCAGGAAGUCUUGGCUGCGGAUACGGAGGUCUCGGCUAUGGCGGCUGGGGACAUGGAGGUCUCGGCUGGGGCUACGGAGGUCGUGGCUACGGUGCUGUUGAAUCAUCCGGCAGCCUGGGCACCCUGGCUGGGGUCAGGCCUUCAUGUAUCAACCAGAUCCCACCAGCCGAAGUUGUGAUUCAGCCACCCGCAAGUGUGGUGACCAUCCCAGGGCCAAUUCUGUCCGCAAGCUGUGAGCCUGUUUAUGUGGGAGGCAACACACCGUGUGCAGUUGACCACUGCGGUUAUGGUGGCUGGGGCUAUGGCCUGGGAAGACGGGGCUACCUGAGGAAUAAAGGUCACCUUGGGCGUCGUGCUAGCAUCUGCGGAUACCCCUGUUAA